AUGAAAGCAUCCUAAGAGGUUAAUCCUUCAGAUUCCUUAAUAUAAUUAAUUAAUUCCCAUUGCGAACUUGAUCAAAUAACAAAUAAAUAGAUGUUCGGAGAGGGUGAUCAUCAGUAAGUUUCUUCUCUUCCCAAUGAUUAAAUAAGAAAAACUAGACUUUAAGGUAAACAAAAUGAAUAAAUCAUAAUGAAUAACUAAGACUUAUUCAAUGUGAACUAUUCCAAAAGUGUUUAUAUAAAUAAAAUAAACUCACUUAUUGAAAUUACCCCUGCUCCCAAAGAAUUUUCAUGUGCCAAUAAAAAAGAGUAAUAUCAAUAAAUUGUAAUAUAUAGUUAAAAGGCCUAUCAUAAAGCGAAGAAAUAAUUCGAAAAAGAAAAUGGAUACUAUUUUGAAGAGCAAGGCUUGGAUGACAGCAAUAAAAUAAAGCUGGCCAAGAACAGACAAUCUGCAAGGGAUUCAAGAAAGCGAAAGAAAAUAUAUGUCGAGCUUCUUGAAAUCAAAGUAGCUGACCUCAGUAAACGAAUCGAAGUUCUCCAAAAAAAUCUCGAUGAUCAGAAUUUAUUUAUUAAUCAUUGUGUCAAGAUACCCUCUCUUGUAAAAUAAAUUAUCCCUAAUUUUAGAUAUCAGAUUUUAAUUUGAGUUAUUAAAAUUAAUUCUAAAUUCUAAGUAAGAACAUAACAAAAAAAUAAUUGUAAAUUUUGGGAGAAGAAUUCGGAGUGAAUUCGGAGAAGAGAGAUUGUUUAUGCAAUUGCAUAUUCAAUACUUUGGUCGAUCAUAUCUUACCAUUUGAUUUGAAAAAAACGAUUGAUACAGCUAUAGAUAGUAAUUAAUCUUGAAUAAAUUAGAUCUUGGUAUUUUCAAGUUUGGAUAAUAAUAAGAAAUUAAAUAGUUGAUUGAAUACUAGCAACUAUUCACGUAACAUUAUAAAAAAUUUGAAUUGUAAUCAUUUAAAAUUAUUUACAUUUAGAGCUGCAUAUGAAAUGACUAAGUCUUAUGAAUACAUAAAGAGAGAAGCAGAGGGACUUGAAAGACUAAAGAACUAAUUGAUAUAACUAUUGGGUCCGUAAAAAUACGUCAAAAAUAUUCUUGAUAUUUAACAACUACAACAACAGAUUAUUGUCAAAGAAGAAGAAAUCAAUUAGAAAGGUAAUACAAAAUUUGAAUUAUGAGCUCGAUAAAAUAUUUAUAUUUAUAUUUAAUGGGUAAUUGCAAUAAUGCUCCAGAUCUAAAUGUUAAAGAAAUAAAAGGUAAAUCUUCAUUUUACCUUAGUGCCUAAUAAAAGCGAUUAUAAUUUUUUGUAUGUUAUUGAGAGAGGUGGAUUUGGGAAGGUCUGGAGAGCUGAACAUAAGAAAACUAAACAUCAAUAUGCUAUUAAAGAAAUGUAGAAAUUCAAGUAUUACCUUAUUCAAUGUCUAUUUAUAGGAUUAUCAAUAAAAAAAGCAUUGGUUCCGUGAUGAAUGAGAGGUACUUAUUAAGCAAUCUCAGGCAUCCGUAAUAAAAUAUGUAUAACUAGAUUUUUAGUAAAUAUGCACACAGCAUUUCAAGAUCGAGAAAGUCUCUAUUUAGUUAUGGAUCUCAUGACUGGAGGAGACCUUAGAUUUCAUAUCUGUAAAAAUAGGAAGUUUAAUGAAGAAUAGACAAGUAAAGAGGUAAUUUGAUAUCACUAGAAUUUUUCGUCAUCUGCAUACUUUUAGCUUUAGAGUAUCUUCAUAACAACACCGUUAUACAUAGAGAUAUUAAACCUGAAAAUUUGGUCUUUGAUAAAAAUGGUAAAUUAUUGUAAAUUUACUAUUUAGGUUAUUUGAGGUUGACAGAUCUUGGUAUUGCAAGAAUAUGGAAACCGGGAAAUGAUGGGGACACGAGUGGAACGCCUGGGUAUAUGGCUCCUGAAGUUAUGUGUAGAUAAGUUCAUGGGGUGGCAGUAGAUUAUUUUGCAGUUGGAGUAAUAGCUUAUGAAUGUAUGAUGGGAAAAGUAAUGUAUUAACUUAAAAUAGAGACCCUAUUUGGGUAAAACUAGAUAAGAGAUUAGAGACUAAAUUUUGUCCAAAUAAGUUACAAUUAAGGCUAUUUAUAAACCAUAAGACUGGUCUGAUGAGGCUGCUGAUUUUAUUAAUUAAAUGAUCUAAAGAAAACCAGUGAAUAGAUUAGGAUUUUAUGGCCCUGAAGAAGUAUUUGCUCAUCCUUGGUUUAAGAAUAUCAAAUGGGAUGAUUAUUUAACUCAAUCAAAAUAAUCUCCUUAUAAAAUUAAUGUAAUUUAAUAAUAAAGUAGAUUUUAGUCGAGUUCUGAUAAUUUUGAUUAGAAGUUUGCUAAUCUUAAAGACCCUGAAGACGAGGCUUAAGCUAAGCAGAAUGCAGAACUUUUGAAAAGAGAUUCCAUCUAAGAAGCUUUUAAUGGAUACACUUUCAAAUCUUAAAAUUCUUAAUAAACAAUAUAAGACUAAACAAAUUCAAAGCCAACAACUUCGAUGAGUUAGCAAAUCACACCUACGAAAAAGAAUUUACUUGAUUCUGAUCGCUUAAUUGAAUCCAAAUCUUAGAAGAAAUAUCAUCUAGUUUAAACCACAGGAUUUAAUAAAAAAUUAAACUUUACUCCAGAUUAACCACUCACAUAGAGAGGAUAAACUAAAAAAAAUUUUGAUUUUUGA